UGAGCUGUGUGGCUGACUAUGCUUGGUCUGGUUCUUGGCUGUGGUGCUUAUGAAGCUUAGAACGGAAGAAGGGCAGUAGAGGCGUUACAACAAAGACAGAGUUCCAAAUGAAAUGGUGGGACUAAGUGGGAGACGAGAGAAGAAAGUGAGGCCACAGUAAGCUGAUGGGUGAGGGAAGGAGGGAGCAGAUAUGUUGAAAGUUCCAUCAUUGGUACAACAGAUAUCCCUCUCCUAAGCGCUACCCAAAUGGUGACUUGACGGGAUAAACAAAAUGAGUGGAAAACGAGUGGUUUGAAUUCAAGUGUUUACAAGUGCUUGAGGAUCAAGAUGUGUCGGAUGGGAUUUAUCACCGGAGGCCCAAACGAGGCCAUCGUUGUGUCAGGGUGCCUUCACAGCCAGCCUUUAAUUGUGGUGGGAGGAUGGGCGUUUGUCAUUCCAUGUGUUCAAAAGGUUCAAAGACUCUCAUUAAACAUAAUGACUUUGAAAGUGUCGUCACCAAAGGUUUACACCAUGCAAGGUGUUCCCUUGUCCGUGACUGGAAUCGCUCAAGUCAAGAUCACCAGCAGUAACGAAGAGAUGCUAAGAGCUGCCAUCGAACAAUUCAUUGACAAAAGCGACUCGGAUAUCGAAGAGAUUGCCAUGGUUACCCUUGAAGGACACCAACGAGCCAUCAUGGGAGCCAUGACGGUCGAUGAGAUCUUCAGGGAUCGCAAAAAGUUUUCACAACAAGUCUUUGAUAUAGCCUCCACAGACCUUUUUAAUAUGGGGAUCCAGGUCAUUUCGUACACCUUGAAAGACGUCAAGGAUGAAGACCAAUACAUGGUGUCUCUAGGAAUGGCUCGAACCUCAGAAAUUCAAAGAGAUGCCCGCAUUGGUGAGGCUGAAGCAAACAAAGACUCACAAAUCGAAACUGCCAUUGCCGAGGAGCAACGCCUUGCCUCGAAACUAAUCAAUGAUGCUGAGAUUGAGAGGUAUAAGCGGGAUUUCGAGCUGAAGAAGGCCAUCUAUGACAUUGAAGUGGAGAUGGCUCGCGCAGAGGCCGAGAUGGCCUUUACUCUUCAGGAGUCCAAGGUCAAGCAACGCAUUCAAGAGGAGGCCAAAACAGUGGAUGUCAUAGAGCGAAUGAAACUGAUUGAAGUAGCUGAACAGGAAGUGUCCCGUCGAUACUGUGAACUGGAUUCCAAGAUCAAAAAGCCGGCCGAUGCCGAAAAGAUGAGACUCGAGAUCCUAGCGCAUGCCAAUCACCAAAGGACCCUCUUGGAAGCUGCCGGUCAAGCAGAGGCCAUUGGAUUGAAAGGUGAGGCCGACGCCUUCACACUCGAGGCAAAAGCCAAGGCCAAGGCCGAAGAGAUGGCCAUGAAGGCUGACGCCUGGAAGGAAUACCACAAGGCUGCCAAGGUCUCACUCUGGUUAGAGGCGCUUCCUGCCAUUACUGCAGAAGUGGCAGCUCCUCUCUCCCAAGUAAACAAAGUCAAAAUGGUGGCUGAUCCCAACGACAAGGAGAGUUUGGGACCUGCCCGACUAACCAAUGAGGUGCUGAGAAUGGUCGAAAACAUUCCGAGUGUUGUUCAAGAAAUGACUGGCCAUCGGGUCAGUUUAAGAUGAGGCCUUGCAUAGACCCAUUUAUUUACUUCUUAAUUCACAAAAGAAAUUUCCAUCUUAUGUUGAUUACUCAAUCAGUGAUCAGACCCAAACCAACACUUGGAUCGUAGCGAAGAAGAACCAAAUCCUGGAAUGGCUAUGUAGAUGCUUUCUAGAGCUAGAAUAACCUCAUUCACAGAGAGGGCUUCGGAUUUGCUAUUAACGGAUUUGAUUCCUGUCAAAGAUUCGAUUCGCCUCGUUCCUACGCUUGAAGGGAAGCAGCAUUUACAAGAUCAUUUUUUCUUUGCCUUUUGUUCUUCAUCAAACAAGUGCCAAGAACAUCUUUCCUUGAUUCAUUGGUAUAUCAUGAUCUACCACAAUACUUAACUUGAAGCUCGAUGUCUUUAUUUCUUCCCGCAUCUUUCAGAGUAUGACGUCCAAAUUUUACCAUGCGAUCUCCCUCUCAAUGAUAAUAAAUGUGCUCCAAAAGAAUAAAUGAGAUCUCAAUUCC